AUGAAGCAACUCAUCCAGGGCGCUAGCUUUCCAGGUCUUCUAGACGACCCAUACCAGUAUGAACCGCUGAUUGCGGUGCGCAUCCUGGUCUUGGAACCAGCCGAUUAUUUCCAGUCACCUCUUCGUUGCUCCAUCACUCAAUAUCGGCGAACCGUUGAGUCAGAAAAUCGGGAUGGCUGCGACUAUUCGGCCAUCUCAUAUACAUGGGGCCACUCAGAUCUCUCUCACAGGAUAUACAUCAGGCUUGGUGCUCAGUCAUGGGUUUUGUUUCGCAUCACUGAAAGCGUCGAUUCAUUGCUUCGUCAUUUUCGGGUGUCUCACAAGGCGAGACUCUUGUGGAUCGACGCUAUAUGUCUAACUCAGGUGAAUGAGAUUGAGAAGACGCAACAGAUCCCUUUGAUGGGUCGAAUUUACAGCGAUGCAAAACGGGUCCACAUCUGGCUAGGUGACGAUGAAGUCAUAAAAGCCCGACAAGCUUUCAGGAUUAUCCGGCAAAUUGAGCGUGAAGAGCAACAGAAGAUCAACAAGGAAGAGACCGAAUGUCUUGUCGACUUCUUCAACCGACCCUGGUUCACCAGACGCUGGACGAUCCAAGAGGCGGUCUUUUCCCAUGACGCCAUUCUCCAUUGUGGAUUCUAUAAAUUGGGCUUAUCGCGGGUGAUGACCGUUUUGAGAAAGAUCUACGGCGUCAGGCAACAUGCCUUAGCGAGUCGUGGCUCGCGAAUGCUUUUAUCGAGCAUUGGUCUCCGCCAGACCUCACGCAAAGGGCUGCUUCUGCUGCUGUGGGAUUUGCACGAGUCUGAGUGCUCCGACCCGCGAGAUAGGAUCGCGGCGGUAUAUGCUUUAGCUUCUGGUCCUGUGUGGCCGCUGCGCCAUUAUGAUUCAAGCAGUUGGAGAGAGAUGUACACGGAUGUAGCGUGCUACUACAUCAACAGAACUGCUAUCGGGCUCCAUAAGACUUUUCCCCAUCUCUGCGAUUUUGGGUCAAUGAGUUCAGGAACGGGCAAGGGACCAUCAUGGGUUCCAAAUUGGUCCUCACGGCGUCAAGAGCCACUUCCAGAUAUGGUAAAGAGAGAAGUGUCCAAGUUGCCCUACCGUGCGUUUCUUCAGAUGCGUGGAGACUGGACACAUGAGAUGCAGUCCGGAUGGACAUGGUUCUUUGAGGUCCCGUCUAGUCAUCGCAUAUCUGUGCGAGAAGGAUGGGAGCAGUAUCAAUUACGCUUACACGAUAAUCCAUUUCUGAUGAGGAGCGAGGCUUCUCGGCAGAGGCUGCGGGUCGAAUGCCACCCUCUAAAAUUGUUCCAGCAGUGUGGGAUUGCAGACUAUGUCUGCUCUUCUACAGCACCAAGCUUCUGGCAGGAGAUCAUUGAAGCAUUCGAUCCGUCGGAACUUGCUCAACACGAGCCAGUCGAAGUCGAGACUUGCUUAUCGUCCCCAGGUUCCUUGCUCAUGUUGCUGGCCAAAACGCUUGCCAAGAAGGACAAAGCCGCUGGGAGAGGUCAGCAUAUGGCAUCCUACGUCGAAAAGAUAUGGGAAGGGCUGAAUUCCCACCAUGAAAAUCCCGAUUUUCUGAGCAACCAGCAUAAGAUUAUUCUCCAAGGCAUCAGCUCCAGCUUGCGCCCCUUCACAAUAGUGAGGAUUCAGACGAUUGCGGGAUCUUACUGGGCCAUUGGACCGCCAAACUCGAUGGUUGGCGAUUGGAUGAUACCAUUAUUACCCUCAAAGCAAAACGAAUUUACACCGGGCAUGUGCCUUAGACCUAUUGAUCGCAAGCGAUUCGGGUGGCCAUCCGACUGUUGGGGCCCAUCUUAUCCUUCUCGGGCACCUAGUGUGAUAGAACGCUGUCAGGACAUCUUGAGACGUCCUCUGCAUUUGACGGCGAUGUUCGUCGGACCUGCAAGCAAUUGUGGUGAGGCAGCCUUUCGCCCUCCUGAGGAAGAGAAGAAGAAAGUGCUGGAGAUCUUGAUGAAGGCCAAUGAAGUAGCCAGAGGCGAAGGUCUACCUGGUCCAAUCGUCUUCGAUAUCGUCUGA